ACUCACAUUCACACGCAGCUAACCAACGGAGCUAGCGCGAGCCGAGAGGCGAGAGCGCUUCUCUCCUCAUUAGACCGGUGCUAUUCAUGUCGCGUAGAGUAAAUAGAUAGUUUCAUAAUUGUCGCGGAUUAUACUCGACGAACGGCAGAUUUAUAACGUGGGGCAGAUUUAUAACGGGGAGGGGAGCGAUGGUUGUCGUGUACGAUCUCGGUGACGUGCAAUGUAGCGUGGUUUAAAACCGGUUCCGGCGAGAUUUUAACAAACACACACGAGUCGCACGCGGUAUUCGAUGCUGAUGAGAUCGGUCCUUGACAGAGAAUUGCAAACGAUAAAUUAUUGAAAUCAAACUACAGACAGAUCGUCGUCCGGUGGUCUCGUCGGUGAAAGUGCCGCGACAAUUACGGGACAACAACACGGUGUCUUUUCGAUAUGAAGGAGCGAUAUUAAAUGCAACAAGGAUGAUUAGAUCGGAAAUAAUUGACUAUUUGAAGGACUCCCAAUUAGUCGCGAAUAUACAACAAUUUUUUGGCGUCAGUAUACAUUAUGGGGAACACUUCGGGAAGCACAAAACCCACGAAGGAUCGCGGAGCAACGAUGAAGGCAAGUGUAUCUGCACAGAAGUCGAUCAUAAUGAAGCAAAUCAUCUUUUAACUUGCCGUAAUCAAAAGACAAAUGGCUGUGACACCAGUAGUAAAGAGUUCAAUGGAUACAUAAGACAAACAAAGCUACUACAGCAGCAAGAGAAUGAUUCAGAUUCAGCAAAUAAGAGAAGAAACGGAGAAGAGACUCCAGCAGUUCUAGGGAAGCCACAAUACACAAUCAACAAUGCAUUUUGGUAUUAUCUAUUUUUAUUCGGGACUGAGUUGGGAGAUGAGAUAUUUUAUUCGGCCUUUAUACCAUUCUGGUUUUGGAAUGUCGACGGAGCUGUUGGUCGACGGGUAGUCUUGGUAUGGGCUAUUGUUAUGAGUAUUGGACAAGCGUUGAAAGAUGUGAUUCGUUGGCCUAGGCCGGCAUGUCCACCGGCAGCUAGAUUGCAAUAUAAAUGGUCACAAGAAUAUGGGAUGCCAUCUACUCAUGCCAUGAUCGGUGUUUCGAUUCCAUUUAGUGUAGUAUUAUUCACAAUGAAUAGAUAUAUUUAUCCAAUUCACAUUGGCUGUAUCAUUGCUUUCCUCUGGUGUAUACUUGUGAGCACCAGCAGACUCUACCUGGGUAUGCACACUGUAUUGGAUAUAGUGGUAGGUGUGAUAUUAGCGAUUGUUUUAAUGAUUCCGUUAGUACCUUUAGUGGACACAAUGGACUCUUACAUUGUCACAAACUUCUGGUGUUUGGUAAUAUUAGUUGCUAUUAGUAUUAUGGCUAUUGUGUAUUAUCCAUGCAGUGACAAGUGGACACCUACUAGAGGCGACACUACAAUGGUCGUAUCGGUGACAGCAGGAGUUCAUGCGGGAGCAUGGCUGAACUAUUAUACCGGCGUAUUGAGCAAACCGUUAUUCUCGCCGCCAUAUCAUAUCAUUUGGCCGACGUAUCCUAUGUUUGGUCGUUUGAUCUUCAGAACUGUACUCGGCUUUUGCAGCAUAAUCGCGACGAAAGCUAUAUGCAAAUCCUUUAGCUACGCCACAAUAUGUGCCAUAUUGCGAAUCAAUUCUAAGGAACUAAUGAAGUCCCAGGAUUAUAGUGGAAAUCCGAAUAAGGUUUUCGUUGACCUAGUCUAUAAAUAUCUAUGUUGUUUCAUGAUAGGUGUAAAUACCGUAUAUUUGCUGCCAAAUGUGUUCGGUAUGUUAGGUAUCGAACGGCCGACUUUCUAUACAGAAAUAUGA